AUCCAAGCUUAGCAGAAAAUGUCAUCAUCAACGACUCCAAGUAACAGUAAUCCUUAUGGCGUGACAACAGCAACAGGUGCAACAGUAAACAAGGAAGAAAAUCAAUACGGCAACACAUCGAACAAGACGGCAGCAAGGCGUUUAGAAUCGGCCGCAAUAACUGGUCGAAAGCCUUUGGCAGCUGCAACGCAACAAUUGACUGGUGGUACCGGUUUAAUAGCCAGUGUACCAGCUAGUCAACAGCAACAAUUGGAGAAUCUAAUGAAACCUAAAGACACGCUAGAGUAUAUUAUAAAAUUUCCAACACCGCAAUAUCGUAAUGAACAAAGAUCCACAACGGCCUUGGAUCAAUCAGAGACAGAUGAUUUUGUAUUUGUUUACAAUGAUACACACGUACCAAUUGUAAUGUUAUUGGGUUGGGCCGGUUGUCAGGAUCGUUAUUUGAUGAAAUACUCAAAAAUUUAUGAAGACAGAGGUUUAAUCACAGUUCGAUAUACCGCUCCUGUGGACACACUGUUUUGGAAACGCAAAGAAAUGAUGCCCAUUGGGGAAAAAAUCCUUAAACUUAUCUAUGACAUGAAUUUCGAUUCGCAUCCUGUUAUCUUUCAUAUAUUCUCAAAUGGUGGUGCUUAUCUAUAUCAACACAUAUCACUGGCCAUACGCAAACAUAAGACACCAUUGCAGGUACGCGGUAUGAUUUUAGAUUCGGCACCAGGCGAAAGACGCAUGCUGGGAUUGUAUCGCGCCGUAACGGCUAUUUAUGGCAAGGAAAGAAAAAAAUGUCACUGCUUUACGGCAAUUAUAAUAACCAUAACAUUGGGCAUUAUGUGGUUUGUGGAGGAAACAUUUUCAGCAUUUAAAAGUUUAUUUGUAAAAACCGAGCCAAUUCAAACAAAUCCCUUUAACGAUUUAAAAAAUGAGCCAAAUGAAUAUCCUCAAUUAUUUUUAUACUCCAAGGGCGAUGUUGUUAUACCAUAUACGGAUAUAGAGAAAUUCAUAAAUAUACGACAGCAGCAAGGAGUCGAUGUUAAUUCAGUAUGUUUUGAAGACGCUGAGCAUGUUAAAAUCUAUACCAAAUAUCCUACACAAUAUAUACACUGUGUCUGCAACUUUAUAAAUAAUUGCUUAGCAACUCCUUAUAAACCAGCGGUGGAAACAUUUGCAAGUUCAACGCCAGCAACACCGUCUUCAAAUUCUUUAAAAUUUGAUUAAAACCAAAAAACGAAAAUCAAACUAAUCUUCAACAGAAAUAUUUAAUAACAUUUUA